AUGGAAGGUUCUGACAGUGAGGAUUCCUUUUCUCCUUUCUUUGAAGGAAACAGGGCUUCAUAUGAGGAAUUUUUCGAAAUAUUUUUAAGAUCUCAUCGGUAUGAUGAUGAUCUACUUGAAGAACUUGAGUUACUAUUUGACGAUAGUGACUCAGAAAAUUUUAUUGGCGAUAAGGACUGAGAUGAAAAAGUUGGAGAAAUCGAAGAAAUUUCAUUUACAAUAGAAGAUAAAAUACUUGAAACAAUAAAUAGGAUGGAGGGUGUGAUUUUGGACUGUGAUGAAGUGAUUCAAGUUCUUGAUUGCACCAAUUUUGAAAUUACUGAAUUAGCUCCACAAAAGAAUUUGACCCAAAAAUUGAAAGAUGAUGAUCUAGAUAAAGAAGAUCUUGAAAAUGAGUACAAAGACAAGCUUAAAGAAGAUUUUGAAGAAGAGUAUAAGGAUAAACUUAGGAGAUCGAAAUUUAUCAGAAAAUUAAAAUUGAAAUCAGAUUCAAAUCUUAUCAGAAAUACAAAAUUGAGAUCAGACUCAAAGCUUACCAGAAAAAUAAAAUGCAGACCAGAUUCAAAUAUUAACAGAAAAUUGAGAUUCAAAUCAGAAUUAAGAAUUAUGGAAAGCAGAAAAUUCAGAUCAGACUCAGAAAUCAGAAAAAUCACAGAUUACAUGGGUUCAAAAAAUUUUACUAAAAUUUUAUUUUAG